AUGAAAGAAGAAGUCGUUAUCUUUCCUAACAAAAACCAUCAUCUACAAACAACGAGAUCAUGGGACUUCUUACACUUCCCACAAAGGAUUCGAAGAGAGCACACGGUUGAGAGCGAUAUAAUUGUUGGAAUAAUCGAUUCUGGAAUUUGGCCAGAGUCAGAUUGUUUUAUUGAUACUGGAUAUGGACCUCCACCAAUUAAAUGGCAAGGGUCCUGUGAUGGAUUAACUAAUUUCCAUUGCAAUAUGAAACUUAUUGGAGCAAAAUACUACAAAAACGAUGGAGGCUUCUCUCCAACCGAUAUCCAGUCUCCAAGAGACUCCCUUGGUCAUGGAACUCAUGUGGCUUCCGUGAUCGCCUGUAACCUUGUUAAUUCGGAAGGCCUUUCUGGUCUCGGGAGAGGUAUAGCUCGAGGAGGAGUCCCGUCUUCGAGGAUCGCUGUUUACAAAGUAUGUUGGUCAACCGGUUGCGCAGAUGAGGACAUUAUUGAAGCAUUUUGUGAUGCCAUUAAUGAUGGGGUUGAUCUAUUAUCAAUUUCUAUUGUAAAUAGUGUUUCAAGCUACUCUGAAAAUACCAUAGCUUUUAUGAGUUUUCAAGCCAUGAAUAAAGGAAUUUUGACGACAAUGGCUGCUGGAAACGAUGGUCCGGGACCUAUAUCUAUCAAAAAUGUUGCUCCUUGGGCGCUUACAGUAGCAGCAAGUGCCAGCGAUCGUAAUUACGUUACCAAUUUGAUGUUGGGCAAUGGGAAAACUUUGAUGGGAGUUUCAGUGAACACGUUUGAUCCAAAUGGUUACAGCCCUUUAGUGUAUGGAGGCAGUGUGCCCAAUAAAAGAAAUGGUGCUUCUAGUUCUCAAUCUAGAUUGUGCAAACCGAACUCACUUAAUCCUAUAUUGGUAAAGGGUAAAAUUGUCAUUUGUGACGAAUAUAAUUUUGGAGAAGCAGCUAUUUCUGCUGGAGCAAUUGGUAUGGUGAUACAAGCUAAUGCAACCAAAGAUGACUCUAGCGUGUUUGCCCUCCCAACAACUUAUGUUGACAUGCGGAGUACUGGAUACAUCUUGAGAUAUGUUAGCUCAUCAAGUAAUCCAAUUGGAAGCAUAUUGAAGAGUACUCAAGUUUUUGAUGCUUCAGCACCAUAUAUUGCAUCAUUCUCAUCUAGGGGACCCAAUCCUAUAACACCUCAUAUUCUCAAGCCGGAUUUGUGUGCACCUGGUGUUAAAAUCUUGGGAGCAUGGACACUUGCAAAUUCUCCUACGAGAUUACAAGAAGAUUUGAGAAGGCUACCAUAUAACAUUGUAUCAGGCACUUCAUCAGCCUGCCCACAUGUUACUGCUGCAGCCGCAUAUGUCAAAUCAUUUCAUCCAUCAUGGUCUCCGGCAGCUAUAAAAUCUGCUCUUAUGACUACCGCCACCAAGAUGAGUGAAGAAAAAACACCUCAAGCAGAAUUUGCUUAUGGAGCUGGCCAGAUAAACCCUGAAAGGGCUAGAAAACCGGGCCUUGUGUAUGAUAUUACACUAGUUGACUAUUUGAAGUUUUUGUGCGGGCAAGGCUACAGAAACAAUGAUUUGAAAUUUCUUUCGGGAAUGCAUAGUGUUUGCAACCGUUAUGGGACAGAAAAUGCAUGGAAUUUGAACAUGCCUUCAUUUUCAAUCCCUGUCAUGCCUUCUACUCAUUUUAAUGUCACCUACACUAGGACAGUUACAAAUGUGGGACCUUCAUCAUCUAUUUACCAAGCCCAAAUUAUUGCUCCACCAGGAUUAAACAUACAAGUUGUGCCAAACGUACUUCAUUUCUCUAGUGUCAGACAAACUCAAACAUUUGCGGUGGUUUUCGUAGGAAGGAUUAGUGUAGGGAACAAUAUUGUUUCUGCUUCUUUGUCAUGGGUAAGCUCCACAAACACAGUGAGGAGCCCCAUUGUUGUUUUUGUUAGAAACUAA